UCUUCCGCUGCAGUCAACGGAAACGGUUCAGCCUUACAAAUAAACGACAUAACUCUCACAUGUAGUCUAUACCCUUACAAAUUACCGCUUUGCGCUAAACUUAAGAUCGUUAUUAAAUUUGCUGUUAGAAAUGUCUUACCAAUUAUAUAGAAACACAACGUUAGGCAACACGUUAGAGGAGACCCUGGACGAUUUAUUGGCAUACGACCAGAUAAGCCGAGGAUUAGCAGUUAAAGUGUUAUUACAGUUUGACAAAGCUAUGAACCAAGCUCUAACAACGAAAGUUAAAUCGAGGCUCAAUUUUAAGGCUGGCAACUUGAAGACAUACCGAUUCUGCGACAACGUGUGGACGCUCAUGCUGCACGACGUUGAAUUCAGAGACUCUCAGAGGGUCGAUAGUAUUCAUGUUGAUAAAGUUAAAAUAGUUGCGUGCGAAGGAGGAAAAACUCUUGACGCAGAUGGUUCGUCGAAGCGGUGAUUCUUCUACGAUUCAUGCAAGUUACAUCUUCCGAUGUUUUAGUACAAAAAGAAAAGUUUAAACGCUUAAUUUGCUGAUAUUUUCAUUUGUGAUAAAUGUCAAUCAAAAAAAUCACGAAAGAAAAUAUUUACUCAGAAUAUUGCAAUUUCUUCUUAUCAAGUAAUUUAAAGAUUAAUAAGACAAUGCAGGACUUUCUUUAGUAAGUCUGACUGCAAUUUCACCAAAUUAUAGCCCAAGAAUCUUAUAACUAUGUACAAUGUAGAUUAAGUCAAUUGAGUAUACCGAUCAUAUCCGUAUAUUACGUACGUAUUUAUUAUAAAAAGUUAUGUAUUUUGCGUAAUCAUGUAUAUUUUGUACUUACAUCUAUAAAUCUUGAAAAAUUACAAAAUCUUA